AUGGCGGCGCCCAGCGAGGCGGCGACCGGGAAGCGGCGGCCGUUCGGGACGCGCUUCCUCACCGAGCCCGGCCGCCUCUUCCAGCACAACGCGUGGGAUAAUGUGGAGUGGUCAGAAGAGCAGGAAGCCAAUGCCAGAAGUAAAGUUCAAGAGAACAGCUCACAGCUAUUGCCACAGGAUAAAAAAGAGGAGUAUGAGGUGAACGCUAACAGGUACUGGGAUGAGUUUUAUAGAAUCCAUGAAAAUGGCUUCUUCAAGGACAGACAUUGGCUGUUCACUGAAUUUCCUGAGCUAGCCCCGAAUGGAAAUCCAAGUCAAAAUGAAGUUUCUGAGUACAGAUGUGCCAAAGAGGAAUCCAACAACAAAGGACUGGGAAGCUGUGAAAAUGGACAUUGCUCAUUGGAAACCAGGGCAGAGAAUCAGUUAAACCUCAUGGAAAGCACACCCAAGUUCUGCACACAGCAGUCAGCUAACCAGAAACACAGUGAGCCGAAUCCAAGUGAUGGAGAUUACCCAGGAUCUUCUGCAGCUUACCGUAUAUUAGAGGUUGGCUGUGGUGCUGGAAAUACAGUUUUCCCAAUUUUGCAAACCAACAAUGACCCAGGGCUUUUUGUUUACUGCUGUGAUUUUUCUACAGUAGCGGUGGAUCUUGUCCAGACCAAUGCAGAAUACGAUUCUUCACGCUGCUUGGCAUUUGUCCAUGACCUAUGUGAUGACCAAAGUCCUUUCCCAAUGCCAGAAGAGAGUCUCGACAUUGUUAUUCUUAUUUUUGUCCUCUCAGCGAUUCUCCCAGAGAAGAUGCAGGGUGUUGUUAAAAGACUGAGUCGCUUUCUGAAGCCAGGAGGAAUGAUUUUAUUACGAGAUUAUGGCCGUUACGACCUGGCCCAGCUUCGGUUUAAGAAAGGUCAAUGUCUGUCUGAUAACUUCUAUGUGAGAGGUGAUGGCACCAGAGUUUACUUCUUCACACAAGAUGAAUUAGAUGAUCUCUUCACAACAGCUGGGCUGGAGAAGAUCCAGAAUUUGGUGGAUCGGCGGUUGCAGGUGAACCGUGGGAAGCAAAUGACGAUGUAUCGAGUGUGGAUCCAGUGCAAAUACCGCAAAGCUGUUGUCCCCCGGCCGUGAGGAAAAGCAGCAUGUUUUAGGUGGCAGCUUUUCCACACCUAUGGGCAGUUUCUCCUCCUGGUGGGAUGUGGUGAGAGGAAGGCCAGCGCACACAGGACCUCAGUGCCUUUGGCAAUGCCUUCUGUCACGUCAAGUGCGCUGUGCUGAGGAGGAAUKCUCUGAGACUGAGCAGUGCUUAGUGUCUCGCUAGCGGUCUUGUUUUUUAAAAAAAAUAAUUCAUAAUUUUAAUAAAGAAAUGAUUGUCUACUGUCUUACAGCAGCUGAGCAAGCUGAGUAACAAGUCGCUCUUUUUCUGGGUUUCCUCUUGAAAUAGAAGGAUGCCUUCUGCCUCACCUGUGUGUUGUGAGCUCUUGUCUUGGGAGCCAAAAGUGUGCAAAAUGUGUAUCUACUCUUUUCUGCAACUGGUCACCAGGCCUGAUAUGUAUUCCUUAGCCAGCGUGUUUUAUCCAGCUCUCUUCUAGUCAUUUGGGCUUGUGCACAUCCAGAUGUUAAAAUACACCAAGCGAGGACAUGAACUGAGAGAAUGGGAGCUUCUCUGUGCUAGCACCAUCAUGGGAGCUUCAUGGUGUGCAGGUGACCUGCAGAGAA